GGAAAGUGAUAAAUCAACAUUGGCCAGGACCGACACACUACAGCAGUCGCAGGGUCCAUAGAGAGCACUGGUCCCAGGAAAAGAGGUAGUGGAACCAGAGGAGCAGAGACAGAGGAGCAGAGCCAGAGGAGCAGAGCCAGAGGAGCAGAGAGGGAAAAGCCAAGCUAGAGGAGUAAAGCCACAGAAGCAGAGACAGAGGAGCAAAGCCAGAGGAGCAGACUCAGAGGAGCAGAGCCACAGAAGCACAGCCAGAGGAGCAGAACCAGAGCAGCAGAGCCACAGAAGCUAAAGGAGCAGAACCAGAGUAGCAAACCCAGAGUAGCAAACACCGAGGAGCAGACCCUGAGGAGCAGAUCCUGAGGAGCAGAGCCAGAGGAACAGACAGGAGCAGGAGGAGAAAGAGAAGACAGAGAGGAAGAUGGCGGAGUACGUUGUGGCCCGAAACAUCUACUCUGAGGAGAAAUUCAACGAAGAACAUGAGAAGAUCUACAGACAGCGCAAAACCCUCAUCAGCCAUGUCAAAGACUACUUCAGGUGCGACAGGAGGCGUCUCCGCUCGGCUGCCCUCUCUCUCCUCCCUGUAAUCUCAUGGCUUAAGAUCUACAGAGUGAAGGAGUGGCUGUUCAGUGACAUUGUGUCUGGAGUCAGCACUGGCCUCGUGGCUGUACUACAAGGACUGGCGUACUGUCUGCUGGCCUCACUGCCUCCUUGGUACGGACUGUUCUCAGCAUUCUUCCCUGUUAUCAUUUAUUUCUUCUUGGGCACCUCUCGCCACAUCUCCGUUGGUCCGUUCCCGGUCUUGUGUCUGAUGAUUGGGUCUGUGGUGACCAGGAUAGUCCCAGACGAGGGUCCUCCCAUGAACAUUACUGGGUUUGAGGGUCUGACCCGGGACGACCAGAGGGUCCUGGUGGCCUCUUCUGUCAGCUUCCUGGCCGGGAUCAUGCAGUUGGCGAUGGGGGUCUUCCAGGUGGGCUUCGUGGUCAUGUACCUGUCUGACACUCUGGUCUCUGGCUUCACUACAGCAGCUGCCAUUCACAUCCUGGUCUCUCAGCUCAAGUUCGUGUUGGGUUUAACAGUCCCAGGCAUCAGUGGACCUCUGGCUCUUAUAUAUACUCUGGAGAUCAUAUUCAACAAAAUCACCUCGACAAACGUGUGUGAUGUAGUGAUCUCUCUGGUCAUCAUGGUGGUGGUGUUUAUUGUGAAGGAGCUCAAUGACCGAUACAAAGCCAAGCUGCCUGUGCCCAUUCCCAUAGAGGUCAUCAUGACAGUGAUAGCCUGUGGAGUUUCUUAUGGAUUUGACUUUAAGACGAAAUAUGGCAUUGACAUUGUCGGUAUGAUUCCCAAAGGAUACGAGGCUCCGGUCGCUCCAAACCUGGAGAUCUUCCAGGAGACAGCUGUGGAGGCAUUUCCCAUGGCGAUAGUGGGAUUUGCUGUGGCUUUUUCUGUGGCCAAAGUCUACUCUGUCAAACAUGACUAUACUAUAGACGGAAACCAGGAGCUGAUCGCGUUCGGAGUCAGCAACAUCUUCGGAUCAUCGUUUAAGUCAUUUGCAGCGAGUACAGCUUUGUCCAGGAGUGCGGUGCAGGAGAGUACAGGGGGGAAGACGCAGAUCGCUGGUUUACUGUCGACUAUCAUUGUGAUGGUGGUAACUGUGGCCAUCGGAUUUCUACUGGAGCCUCUGCCAAAGUCGGUGUUGGGCGCCGUGGUGAUUGUGAACCUUAAAGGGAUGUUGAUGCAGGUCAGAGAAGUGCCAUAUCUAUGGAGACGAGACAAACCAGACUGUGUGGUGUGGAUUGGUACAUGCGUGGCGUCUGUCUUGCUCGGUCUGGACUUGGGUUUAGCGGCUGGUCUGGGUAUAGAGCUCAUCAGUGUGGUCCUCCGAACUCAGUUCCCGCGCUGCUCUGUGCUCGCCAACAUUAAAGGCACCGACAUCUACAAAGACAAGAAGGAUUACCUCGAUACUUUUGAGCCUGAGGGAGUGAAGAUCUUCAGGAUUCCAGCACCAUUAUUUUUCGCUAACAUUGAGUUCUUCAGAAACAAAUUAGUGGAAAGUCUUGGGUUUAACCCUCUGCGAGUGCUGAGGAAGAGGAACAAAGCUCUGAGGGUGAUCAGGAGGAUGCUGAUGAGAGGACAGCUGAAGUAUACACCUAAGGGUUACGUGAACAUGUCAUGUGAGCCGUACUUGGAGGACAAAGACUUGGAGGGCGAGGACAGUGCAGAAGAGCUGGAUUGGCCCACUGACCUGAAGGAGCUACCCAUUCGAGUGGACUGGAGCACAGAGCUCCCGGUGAACAUGAACGUGCCUCGAGUGGAUCUGCACAGCCUUGUACUUGACUUCGCAGCUGUGUCCUUCCUCGACGUCUCUGCUCUAAAGGGACUCAAAACGACGUUGAAAGAACUGAUCCGGAUUGAGGUGGAGGUUUACAUUGUGGCAUGUGAUCCCUACAUCUUAGACAAACUCCACAGCUGCGGAUUCUUCAACGAUGAAAUCACACCUUCCAUUUUCUUCCUUACGCUUCACGAUGCCAUGCUGAAUAUCCUAGAGCACCAUCCGGAAGCCAUUCAGAGGAGGCCACACUUUGACAAGGUUGUAACCACAGUCACUGCCCACCAUCCAAACAACGCUGUCCGGAGCAGGGACAGAAAUGGAAUGGAACCUGAAACUCGCUUCUGAUCAGCCUCCUUCAAACAUCUACAAAACAGUACAGAUAUCUUUUAAUUAGGCCCGAGCCUGGGACUACAUCCCGGCGAGGGACUCAUUAAAACCACGUCCGGGGCAUGGAAAAUGGCAAAAAUCAAGUAGUAAACACGCCCCGACAUGGUAGUGAGUGGUGUCAAAAAUUAGAACUCGACGAGCUCUAAUUGUCACAAAAGACCGCGAGAAAAAAUAACAAAAGACGACUCAGUAGCGCCACCUCAAACUUUGAUUUUCAUGGGGCCAAUGGGAGCCCGACUCGGAAACAAAUCAAUAUAAAAAUCUGAAACUCACAUAAAAAAAUAGAACAUGUUGGGACAUGACAAAAAUGAUAUUAUGGCCCCGCCCUAAAAUGUACAGGAAGUCAGCCAUAUUGGAUCAAACACAGGAAUGACAAAAGUGCACACCCUCGCAUUCAGGACAUUUUCUCAUACAGUUUUCAUCAGAAACACGUCAAAUUUGGCCAAA